AGCCGCUGUCCCGCUAUGAGCCCGUUAACUGUCCGCUGCCUCAGACGCCGUCCAGGGAUGAGACGGAGGAGAAAACAGGACAACGUUCAUCACAAAACGUUCGCGAAAUCCACCUGCUGGACUCGGAGCAUGUUUUCGACCCCAAAGUGGUGGAUUUUUACCGUUUUCCUGGCAGGUGUCCUCCCUCCAUCUUGCUCAGGUGUUCAUGUAUUUGUCCGAGAUGAGAAGAGGUAUGCGGUGCUGUUCCAGUCAGUGGUUCUGCCGUGCCAGUACACCAGCGUGUCCACCCAGACCGCCGUGGUGCAGUGGGUCUACAAGUCGUACUGUCGUGACCGUACGCGGGACUCAUUCAGCUUUCCUGACAGCCUGGGUGGAGGCCUGGGAGGAGGAGGAGGGCUGACAGGCGGAACUGGAGGAGUCGGUGGAGGAUACGAGACGGGGAUAACAGCGAACUACCUCGACUGCUCGGAUAACAGCCGGACUGUCCGAACCGUGGCCUCCAUCUCUGGCUCCUCAGUCACACUGUCAGAGUAUUACAAGAACAGAGACAUCUCCAUCAUCAACAAGGCAGAUCUGCGACUAGGAGAAGUCCAGUGGGGAGACAGUGGAGUAUACAUCUGCAAAGUGGUUAUAUCUGAUGACCUGGAAGGACAGAGUGAGGCUUCAGUGGAGCUGCUGGUUCUUGGUUUCUCAGGUGUACCUGAAGAUCUGCUGCCAGACUUUGAUUUGAAGAUUAUGCCAGAGUGGGUGUUUGUGGUGGCGGUGGCGCUCGGCAGUGUGUUAUUCCUGCUGCUGGUUGGGGUUUGCUGGUGUCAGUGUUGUCCUCACUCCUGCUGCUGCUACGUCAGCUGCUGGUGCUGCCCCGACACAUGCUGCUGCCCCAGACACUUGUACGAGGCAGGGAAGGGCAUAAAGACGGGCACCUCCACCCCUCAGUCACCUGCCUAUCCUCCAUACUUUGUCUCUGGUGUCCCAACCAUGGUCCCCAUCGCUCCCCCCUCACUAGUGGACAAGAUGUCUUCUGUCCCCACCUCAGAUGGGACUCUACUCACAGCAGUGCCGAUGCAUGCUGUAGGGGUUCCCUACCGCGUGCCUUCACCUCAGGAUCAGGAUUCUCUCAGGGUGCUACAGUAUGUAGAGAAACAACUGGCUCACUUCAAUCCUUCCAGGUCCAUCAGUCACCAGUCCUGUAGCCUGUCUGAGUUGAGCUCCCUCCAUGAGGGAGAAGCCGGCUUCCGCCAAACCUUCCGAAACGUCCAGAAGAAAGCCCUGCCAGCCAUCCCCGAUCACGACGCUGAGCCUGAACCACAGUGUCACCGCGACAACCGCAGCCCGGAGCCGCAGCGUUACCGCGAUAAUCCCCCAUCGCCCCAUCGUUACCGUGACGACCCAGACUCGGAGCCCCGCCAGAACCAGGAGGAACCUCUUCCUCCACGACGAUACAGCGACGACCCCCCAUCGUCCUCUCGGUCACACAGACAUGGCAGAAACCAACGAGAACAGAACCACAGCGAGGAGGAAAACCACAAAAGGUGGAACCCUCGUUCAGAACAUCUGCAGAGAAAAUCGUACCGCACUGCAGGACGAACCGGAUCGCUGGACGAGCUGGAGGAGUUCGCUGCUUCGUACAAGCAGAGAGGAGGCAGAGGAGCAGAGAGGAGGGAGGAAGAGCGAGCAGACUAUGAGAUGGAGCUCCGGGAGUUGAACCGAUAUCCUUCCUACCGCGAUGGUCCGCCUCAGCAUUACCACGGUAACGACGAAGAGCUCGACGACAACAGCGACCAUGAAGAACAUCCCAGACGCAACAAGACCAACAGGCAUAACAUCAGCCCACUUCCUUCACCCAAAAAGAGGAGGGCCACUUCUGAAAGGGAGCGCACCGUCCCACCGCCUCCAGCAGUAGGUCCACCGUCAACUUCCUCUCAAGAGAAAGACUACGAUGCCACAUUCCUCAACAGCCUGCUGGACCGAAAGGCCAAGCUGAGAGGGGUUGGCCAGGGGAAGAGCGGGGCCCGUGGUGAGGAAGAUUCAGACACACCCUCAAAGAGCAGCUCAAAAAAGAGCAGCGGGGAAUCUAGUCGACACUGCAGUCGUUCGCCUAGCAACAGGCCGGACGCAGAUUCGCUGCCUCCGUACUCAGAGUCAGAGCGAAACAGAACUGACAGGCCAUCUCCACGGCCGCCACCAGCAAACACUCGCUCCUCUCAGCCGUCUCCUCAUUUCCAACCAGGUCGCAGAGAGGAACCCAGAGACAAGUCCCGGAAAGCGGUCAGGUUCAGAAGCUACCAGAAUGAAUACUAGAGCACUCUUCUCAGCCGAGAUUCCCUCAUUGUCUGAUCGACUUAAAGCCACAGAGACCGAAAGCUUGGAUCAGACGUAAGAUGUAGCUCUGAUAGUCCACAGGAGCUGCAUGUCAUCUGACAAAAGAUGACCGAACUGACUGUGAGUUCUUAAAUGUAUGCUAAACCCACUGUGGUGAAAUUCAGUAGAGGUGAAGCAGAACUGGGUGAAGAGGUGGACGAUUUUCCUAUCAAGACUUUGGUGGGUCUUUUGCUUGUGAGGUCAUUCAGAAAUGAAGUCACUGGCUGUGUCAUAUACAUCAGCUGGACUAGCACUAAUGUGAGCACGGCGAAUGACCUGGACGGUUCCCACCACCAGCAGGACGCUGUUAGUGUUUCCCUCGUCCCUUUAGAAAAGGCUCAGAAGCAGAGAGACUUUCUUUACUCUUCCAGCAACAAUGGGUGCAUUCACUUCCAUUUGAUGAGCUAUUUGAAUUAAAAGCACCGUUGUAGAAUAGACGGUAUAUGACAACACCAUUACUGUAGCUACGGUUGUAAACAAUACGCACACUGUGUCACUCAGUAGCAUCAUUAGGGAAUAAAGCACCUAAGGCCCGUGUUAUACGACGGUCCACGAGACCGCGUGACAUAAAUUUGGUUAUCUCCACCCAUCUCACAUCUCAAGUGCGACCGCAGUGUGUUCAAUAAUUCCUCCAUGCGAACUAGAAAGUAGUUUAACACCAAACUUUGCAUCCGUGUGCGUCUCCUCAAGGGACUAUAAUCAAAGCAUUAGUCAGAAGGCUUUUACAAUGAGACUUUAAUUUUACUAAAAGCUCGAAGUAGUAACUGGCAUUACCAAAAUGUUUGUUUAUUUAUUUAUUUAUACGUGACCGUUCACAUUAAGCAACACUGAUGUUAGGAGCGCCAAUGUAAAUGUGGUGCUAGUUAGCUUCAGCUAAUCUGCACCAGCAGCCUGAAAAAUAACUAAAAAUAACAAAUGAGCGACAGCAUUUUUCUAUAGAAUUGUUACAGUUAACAUAAUAUAAAUAAGAAAAGCACUGAGAGAGCGCAGUACCCCUUCAAGGCUGCUCAGUCGUAUGAUUUCCAAUGGAUGAAAUCUUUAAAAAAAAUCUGUGGUCUGCAGCGGUUAAUUUGUAGUAGGAUCACAAUCGUGAUAUUACGCAGAGUAAUAAGCAGCUAUUCACUAAAACAUUCUUGAUAUCAUCUUCAUAGGGUGAUCUGUUUACAGCUGUGUGCCGUAGUCAGACAUGCAGACAAUGUUGCUAAUAUAAGGCUCAAUACCUUUGAGCAACAUUUAUGGCUAGAAAAAAGGUCUGUCAAUUGAUAUAAUUGUAUUUUUGUUGAUGUAGUUAUGUAGUAGAACUUUUUAAAAACCCUUUUAAAGCAGUGUAAGAUAAAAACAGAAUUCUCAAAAGGCCAAAUAUUUAGUUUCUAAAUUGCAUAGCUGCUGGUCAGAAAAUAACAUUUUAUGUUACUGGGAAUAAAACACAGAUACAGUAGCUGCACUGACGAAGUACUAAACUAAUGAGGGCACAUCUGACUCAAGCAUAUGCAGGUGAUUUAGUUCCUUCUAGGUUUUUAUUCAUGACACAGUAACAUUUUCACAAAGGUUUGAGAUCGAGUUUUUACAAAAUAACCGUGUUGUCCAAAAGAUUAAGGCUUGAUGAGAUUUAGUAUUUUCUGUACACAUUGAACUGCCUCCUGCCUGUAAAAGAUUUUUGUACUCCAGGAUGAAGACAUAUACUAUUAUAUACUAUUUAUGUGUACAGUGUGAUAUGAUUAUAACGUGUAAAUGAUUCUGUUCGUCUGAGCACUCGAGCGUGACAUGAAGUGUCUUUGACUGGAUUAAUGUAAUUCAGCAUUUGCUUUUCACUGCUGCUGAGUCAACAGCUAAGCCAACUGUGUGUUAUCAGCCGCUAUAAACACACACUAAUACCAGUCAUAUAUGUUCUAACUACACACCGUACAGUAUUUUUAUUGUUCCUGCCUCCGUGGUUGGUUUUCUUUCCUUUGUGUUUUCUGCUGUUUGGUACUGACAACUAUGUGUGUGUGUGUGUGUGUGUGUGUGUGUGUGUGAGACAGAGAGAGAGAGAGAUGACUCUUUACUUUUCUGUAAAGGAGACAAUGUGUGAUUGAGUGUGACUCAUGUCUUUGUCCAUUGUUUAGUCACAGACUGCCUGUCUUGGCUACACAGCUGCGUCAAAACUCACAUAUCACUUCUGCCAGCUCAGCCACAGAUAUCUGCCCUGUUUGUCGCCUGCAUGCAGAUUUUGUUACAACAUUUUAACCUCCUGUAAGUUUCUAAAAUAUUUAUUUGUGAUGAUGACAAGAUGCAUGAUGGCAAACAUUAGGACCAACCGUGUUUUCUGCAUGUAUUUGCAGUAAAUAAACUCAGCAGAAAAAUGAA